UGUAGGUGAAUAGAUCAUGUAUUAGUGGCAACUUGUUUUGGUAGAUUUUUGAGUAUAAUACGAUUCUGAAUUUGUGAUACAUUGUGGAAGCAAGCUAAUUUGUUUCAAAUUACAGUUUUAAAAAGUUAUAUUUGAUUUACUUAUGAAAAAUUAAGACACAUUUACUAGAAACUUGUUUUUUUCUCGAAACAGGCUGCCUUGAAUUUACUUACCGUAGUGGCAGUAGCGCUCAGUAGUAUUAUCUUGGUGUAGAGCAACUGUAUUAUUAUCUAUAGUUUUAUAUAUUUGUCUAACUAAAGAAAGCAGAGGGUAAGCGGGAAACGAUGCCGAAAAGAAAUGCAAACGGUUUAAAAGAACCAGCAGAAAAAGUGAAAAAGAAAGAAAAUGGAGCAGGUGACAAAAGUGCUGUACUUUCAUUACGAUGGGAAUGGGAAGCUGAUAAUGGAAACUGGACAUUUUAUUCAGAUGACCACAGAAAAGAGAUUAAUAAAGCUGUAGCUAGUGGUAAAAAGAUGGUCUUAGUAAAUAAUGGAAAUAAUAUCCAAUUUGUUAUUAACUUUGACAACAUGGUCCAGCGUAAUAAAAAAACAGGCUGGGAGAGGAAGGUCAGGUGCUAUCUUCCUGAUGCUUUAGGUGGUGGUGGUUCACUCUGGCUGUGGGUUGAUGAAGACAAUGAUCAUAUCAGUUAUGGUCCAAAACAGGUUUUGAUGUUUGAAGAAUCUUUGAAAAAAGGGGAAUCUGUGGUCAGUUUCACUUUAGGAAAGAGAAAAUACACUGUUGACCUGAAGGCAUUAACUGAGUCAGAUAGCAGUAAAAGAAAAAGGACAGUUCUUAGGGUGAAAUAUGCUCCAUUAUUGACACUUAGUAAUCAAAUUAAUGGUUCAGUAAUAGAUGAACCAUCAAAAUCACCAAACAAGACAGACAAAAACCAGGCUAGUGACACAAAAGGGAAAAGAGUAAAACCUAAACAAACUGAAGCUACAGAUAAUGAGGACAUCAAGACAAUUGUGAUAAAAGGUAAAGCACCUGUUGAUUCUGAAUGUACGUACAAAGAAGGGAAGAUUCAUGUUUACUGUGAGGGAAAUGACAUCUAUGAUGCUUUGUUGAACCAGACAAAUCUGCAGAAUAACAACAACAAGUACUACAUUAUUCAGUUGUUAGAAGACGAUGAUUCACCAUCUUAUAGUGUGUGGUUUCGAUGGGGCAGGGUUGGAAAGAAAGGACAACAUAAUCUUGUGACAUGUGGCAGCAACUUAGAAAAAGCUAAAGCUACAUUUAAACAGAAGUUUGAGGACAAGACUAAAAACCUUUGGGAAUCUCGAGAGAAUUUUGAGAAAGUACAUGGAAAGUAUGAUCUCCUCAAAGUGGACUAUAGUGCUGACUCUAAACAGGAUGAAAAAGACAAGCUGGUAAAACCAGAAAAACCACUAAAGACAUGCACAUCCAAGUUAGAUAUCAGACUACAGCAACUAAUAGAACUUAUAUGCAAUAUACAAGCUAUGGAAGAUGCUGUGAUGGAGAUGAAAUAUGAUGCUAAGAAGGCACCUUUAGGCAAACUAACUUCAGACCAGAUAAAGGCAGGCUACUCUGCUCUGAAAGAAAUUGAAAAAUGUAUCAAUAAGAACGAAGUGGGAUCAAAGUUAGUGAAAGCCUGCAAUGACUUCUACACAAGAAUACCUCAUGACUUUGGCAUGAAGAGGCCACCAUUGAUCCAAACUCAAGGAGAAAUUAGAGUUAAGCUCCAGUUGCUAGAGACAUUAGGAGAUAUCCAAGUGGCAAUAAAGAUGUUACAAGAAGAAAUCGAAGAUGAUGAACACCCUCUUGAUCGUCAUUAUCAUUCUUUACAAUGUGAUUUGGAGCCACUUAAUCCUGAGAGUGAUGACUACAAGGUUGUGGAGACUUACUUGCAGAACACUCAUGCUAAAACACAUAACAUGUACAAGUUAGAAAUAGACAGUGUAUUCAAGUGUCAGAAAGAAGGUGAGGAGAAAAAAUUCCAAGAUGUCGGAAAUAAAAUUUUGCUGUGGCAUGGUUCGAGGAUCACAAACUGGGCAGGAAUAUUGAAACUAGGGUUACGAGUGGCUCCACCAGAAGCUCCUGUCACUGGCUACAUGUUUGGGAAAGGUGUCUACUUUGCUGAUAUGUCAAGCAAGAGUGCCAAUUACUGUUAUGCCACAAGAACAAAGAAUGAAGGGCUACUUUUACUUUGUGAGGUGGCACUGGGAACAUGUAAUAAAUUAGUAGCAGCUGAUAACAGUGCAGAUAAACUUCCACCAGGAACACAUAGUGUAAUGGGUCAGGGCAGAGUCAUCCCUGAUCCCCAAGAAGACCUUUUUCUGAGCGACGGUACAAGAGUGCCACUGGGAAAGAGCAUUCAGAAAAACAUUGAAAACCCACAAGGAUACACACUUAACUACAAUGAAUAUGUGGUGUAUAAUGUAAACCAGAUAAAAAUGAGAUACCUGGUUCGAAUAAAAUUUAAUUUUAAGUAAUCCUUAUUUUAAGAAUGUCUAUAAUUUUUGUUACUUUGAGAAAUAAGAACUUAUUUUGAUUUGCAGUUAUAUUAAAAAAUAUUACAAUAUCAGUGGUAAAACUAAUAACCAUAUUGUUUGUCAUACAAUAGUACUGUGAUUUAAAAAUAAGUUUUUAAGCUGUGCUCAGAAAAAAUAAAAUAUGUGAUAAAAACAACUUAGAAUUGUGAAACAGGGUUAGUAUGUUGAAUGGACAGUUGAUGUGUUACACCAUGCACUGGGGCAUCAGGAGUUUUUGUCUAUUUCUAUUAUUUCUGAUUACUGAGGAUUCUCCUUGAGGUGUCACUGGAUUUGGCAAUUAUUAUUCCCCAAUACCCCAGACAAUCUAUGGCAUAGCCUGGAGCAUACUAUAUAUGAAUUUAUGGAAUACCCUAGGGUAAGAUGUAAUGGGUCAUGUGUAUUUAAAACUUGUCACCUGUUUCUUCUAAUGAUGUAAUAGCAAUGCCUCUUUUUCUCCAAAUAUGGUCUUUCAUGUGUUCAUUCAACUCUCACUUAUCUUACACCACACUUCUUACAUCAUAAGCACUUCACAUAGUCAUUUGCAGAGAGGGUAUCAUAGAGUAUUAACUUUAACAAUACAGCAUGCUGAAUAAAAAAAAAUUUGCUACAGAUUGAAUAUUAAAUAUUUCAAAUGUUGUAAUAAAGGUGUUAUUUUAAUUAUUGUAACCACACUUAACUCUCUUGUUUACUUUCAUUGAAUGUAAGAAUAUCAAGCCUAUUUUCACUUUGUAGUCUGUGUUUUUGAUAAAGAUUACACUUGUAGUUUUGCAUUCUUACAUGAAGAAAAGUAGCACACUGCCAUCUGGUAGAUAUUUGUUUAUGGUACAUAUGUAAUUUUAAGCUAUUUAGUGUUGAUAAAACCAUGUUUCAAAACUUCAUACAUUAUGUACGAUUCAAACUUUAAGCAAUAAUGAAAAGUAUAUAAUAUUUAUGUUGUUCUGAAAUUGCCAAAAUCUUAUGAUUAUUAAAUCUUAACCUUUAUAAAUGUUAAAGUACCUAUUUCUUAUCUUUCCAGUUUCAAACAACUUCUUACAAAACUAUAUUUUUUUCAGUUUUCUUCAGGAGCAAACUAUCAUAUAUAGGCAAGGAAAAAAAUAAAUAAGAAUAAAAAAACAUGGUGUGUUUAUUAAGUAGCUUAUACAACAUAUCUGAGAAGACUUAAUAGCGUGAAGUGAAUAAACCCUAUUAAACUGAAAUAACAUGCUAACUAUUGCUAGAUUAUUAAACAUACAUUACAACCAGGUAACUUCCAUUGAUCUAUAAUAUUAAACCUUUAAACUCAAAUAUUUUGUGUACACAAGUGACAUGUUAUACUUAAAGAAUUAAGUUAAGAAUUAAGUAAAAGUCGUAAAGAACUUAAUUUUCCUGAUCUUUAAUUAUGAGUAAAGGAUCAAAGUAAUGACAUGAUUUUUGUUAAAAUUAUUACUAUAACAUUAUAUAUUUUCAAUAACUAAUUUUUCUCUGAUCCUAUAUAUUAUGUAAAAAUUAUUAUUCCAUAAUUGGAUUUAAAAUUUAUUUUAAAUGUGACAUUAACAUUACAACAUUUCAUGUAACUUUCAACAUAUUAAGUCAGGAGUUUUGUAACUAGUACACAAAAAUCAUAUUUAAUUCAAGAGCAAUGUGUAGUAAAAAUCUGUUUACACAAAUACAUUAGUAAGUCGUAAUCUCACAAUAAAUAAUGCUUAAAUAUUUUAUUUUUCAGAACUUGUAGUGUAUACUGGAGGAAUUUAGACAUUUUGGCAAUAAAGUUAGAAAAAAAUUACCUUUGCUUUCCAGAUUACAAUAAUAAAAAAAAAUAUUUUGGCCAACAGCUCAAUAUUACCAUUUCAUCAAAACUAGUAGUAGAAUAGUGAAACAUUGACUGAAAGAAAAUUUUGUUUUUAUUAUUUGUAGUAUUAAGGUUGUUUUUCUAACUUUAUUGCUUAAAUUUGUAUAAAUCUGCAUUUAUAAGUUGGUACAAAAUAGUUAAUUUGAACUUGGUUUAAUUAUUUUUCCUAGUGGCAGUUUAGUGUAGGAAAAUAAAAGCUGCUUAGUAAAGCAAACGGGGAGAGAAAAA